GUAUUGAAUGUAAAUUUUAUGCGGUAAGCAGUCAGUGCUGUCUGAUAUUGCGCCACAUCCACAUAACAAUAAUCUCAUAAAGUAAAGUUGCGACAGUACUUUGUUUGUUUUUUACUCUUUUGAACUAACAGAGUUACAAGUGUCACUUAACCCUUUUUUUUCUCUCUCUUCCUUAAUACUUUCCCCUUCUUCCUCUCGUCAUUUCUCCUUUCCAUGGCCUCUCCUCUCCAUACUCAAACCAAUUCAAAUACCAGCGCCAUGAACGGCACUUCUGCCUCUGCAGCUGACCCAAAAUCACAGCUUUCCAAGAAACCCAGAUUGCAUGCCCCUACUCCACCCUUGUUAAUCACUCCCUCCGAUAUCCUCUCUGAGUUCUCCCACCACGACCCUUCCAUCGCCCGCAUCAACAACGGCAGCUUCGGCUGCUGCCCUUCUUCUGUUCUUUCUGCCCAGCAGCACCUCCAACUCCAGUGGCUCCAACAGCCUGACCACUUCUACUUCAACCAGCUCCAGUCCAGAAUCCUCCAAUCCAGAAACAUUAUCAAGGAGAUGGUCAACGCAGAUCAUGUUGAUGAGGUUUCCAUUGUUGACAACGCCACCACCGCCGCCGCCAUUGUGCUGCAGCAGAUCGCUUGGGGGUUCGCUGAGGGGAGGUUCCACCCUGGCGAUGCCGCUGUCAUGCUUCACUACGCUUAUGGGGCUGUCAAGAAGUCCGUUGAAGCUUAUGUCACACGCGCUGGCGGGUAUGUGAUUGAGGUCCCUUUGCCUUUCCCUGUUAACUCUGUUGUUGAGAUAGUGCAAGAGUUUAGGGAGGCUUUAAUGAGAGGGAAACAAAACGGCAGGAGGGUGAGAUUAGCUGUCAUCGAUCAUGUUACUUCCAUGCCUAGUGUGGUCAUUCCCGUUAAAGAAUUGGUUAGGAUUUGUAGGGAGGAAGGGGUUGACCAGAUCUUUGUUGAUGCUGCUCAUGGAAUUGGGUGUGUUGACGUUGAUAUGAAACAAAUUGGGGCUGACUUUUACACUAGUAAUUUGCAUAAAUGGUUCUUUUGCCCACCUUCUGUCGCCUUCUUGUAUUGUAGAAGGUCCACAGAAAGCUCUGAUUUGCAUCAUCCUGUGGUUUCCCAUGAGUAUGGGAAUGGAUUGGCUAUAGAAAGUGCUUGGAUUGGGACUAGGGAUUAUAGUGCCCAGUUGGUGGUUCCGAAGGUUUUGGAAUUUAUCAAUAGGUUUGAAGGCGGCAUUGAUGGAAUCAAGAAAAGGAACCAUGAGGCUGUUGUUGAGAUGGGGGAGAUGUUGGUCAAAGCAUGGGGAACUCAUCUUGGCUGUCCUCCAGAGAUGUGUUCAAGCAUGGUUAUGGUCGGUUUACCUGCUUGUUUGGGAAUUUCUAGUGAUCAAGACACGCUGAAAUUACGAACAUAUUUAAGGGACAAGUUUAGUGUUGAAGUUCCAAUAUAUUAUCGAGCACCAAAGGAUGGUGAGGUUGGUCCAGUAACAGGGUAUGCUCGAAUUUCUUAUCAAGUUUACAACAAGGUUGACGAUUAUUACAAGUUUAGGGAUGCAACAAAUCAACUUGUUCACAAUGCAUUCACUUGUGCAUCUCUUCCCAAUUGAUAAGCUGAACAAUGCGUGCUAUUGGAAUUUGGAUUGAAUAAGAGCCACGGUCAUCAACAUGGCUUGGAUCGCCUCCUUUCAUGGUUUCGGUACCAUGAUAUUCCAUAAUUGCCAGAAAGAAAUGUCAAAGAGAGACAGACAUGCUUUGUAGCUGCUGAGUUUAGUGUUUGCUUAUCUUAGAUAUCUCUAAAUUGGUUAAGGAGAUAAACAUGUGUGUUGGUUGGGCCGUAAGGAGCAUUUUUGUACAUGUUUUUAAGGACUAAUUUCAACAUCGUAUGCUUUUAUUGAUGUAAAAAGGAUGCAAAACAAACAAGACAAAAAAAGACCGCCUCAUAUUGUCCCAAAAAAAAGAGGAAAACGAAACAACUCAUUAGAUGCAACUGACCAAGUAGCAUUAAGCAAUAAAAGAAGAAUAGCAUACUGCUCUUAUUUUUAGAGGUAAAACACCCACUUAUCCUCCAUUCCUUGUUCUUUCUGAUUACCAAGAGAGAGAGAGAGAGAGAGAGAGAGAGAAGGAUAACCAAUGUGACAUAAGACGUAAUAGAAAAAAUCAGAGUGGAAUGUUGAAGAGGAGGCAAAUACGGCAGAGCCCUGGAGUAGACGUUGGAAUCUAUGCUAGUUAACCAAUGUAUCUGCUUUCAUUUGCAUUUGCAUAUGGAUUGAAUAAGUUGUGGGCUAAUUGUAGGCUUGAUGUAUAAACUAUGUUUUCAUUUUGUUGACAAACUGCAGUGUAACGUACCAAUUGCAACAAAUAUAAUCAGUCACCCUGGGCUGGAACUCUUUGGAAAACCUACCAUGCCCCCUCACCCUGGUUUUGAAAGCAAGGUUUGUAAAUAUAUCGGAUCGACAGGUAUCGUAGAUUAAUCUACCUCUAACACUACGAAGAAUCCAAAAUCUAAUCCAGCCCAGCAACAAUAAAAGUUAGCCACUAACCAACGUUUAUACUUCUGAAUUUACCUUUUACCCUCACUCUCUCUCUCUCGGCCCCUGCGAUUUUUGUCUGUUUGUUGUCGGGACAGUCCCAAAUUGAUUUAAAUUUACCCCACCCUCAAAAAAAAAAAAAAAAAAAAAA